AUGGGCGGGUUGUGGCAGCGUCAAGAUCAUUUGAUGCAGGACAUCGAGAAGUACAACAACGAUGUCGUGGUUGCUCCCAGCAACCUGCCCGAAAUUAUUUUUUCCCAGAGCUCGUCGCGCCUGCUAAACCUGAAGCCCGAUCUCGUAUUGAAGCGAGGGUAUUUAUCUGCAUUCCUGGACGCGACUGUGGAUCAGUCGGGUUUUUCCGUACCGGCGAAGUCCCACGUGCCAAACUCUUCCAGCGGUCCACCUCGCGGAAUCGAAAACAAGAAAAGUAUUGGUGUGAUGAAAAAUAGUUUUGGUGCAGCCAACCCAACCACAAGACGUACAACUUCUACUCCGACGGCGGGGACGAGUGCAGCUGCUACGACGCCAGCUGCAUCGUGGAAGAACGGCCCUUCUCUGUCCACCAAAUCGAAAUCCUCCUCCUCCUUCGCGAAUGAGACUGGGCAAGGAGAAAACGAACCAGAAGAUGAAAUCGCGAAGCACAUACCGGUAUGGAUUGCAAAAAUGUCUGGGUCUAGAAGAUUGCAACUUGUGAUGCUAAAUCCGAAUCAUGAAAAAUCUGUGUUGCAUGAGUGCCAAAAGCUAUCCCCUUUCGACCAAGUUGGGAAGGAGUUUCUCAUGCAGGAGAGGCAUGACAGAGACCUCACAGAGUCUGUUAUGCUAGCCCCCGCAUUCCAAAACUUAAGGGUCAUGGAAAACCUGCAUGACAAGCUUACAAUCUUCCAGACCCAGACAUUUUUGCAAUGCAUAACCGGUCUUGCAGGAAGUGAGCAAGCACCUGGCGAAGGUGAUGCAAGCGGUUGAGAAUUACAAUGAAGUGCGGAAGAGUCAUUUGAAGAGCUACCAGGAGCUAAUGCAGAACGUGGAAAGUGGAAAGCACAAAAUAUGCCACGGAGAAGAUCAUGAAGUUGUGUUGAUGAGACCAGGUUGAUCUUGAUGGCAGCAAAAAUGAACAUGCUUGCAUGAUUUUUGAGAUUGAGUACUUCGGUUCUCUUCCAAAGACACUACACCAUCUGGUUGUAAAUUCCUCCAGAUGAAGGAUCAUUGUCUACUUCGCUGCGCAUGAUCCAGAUCGUUUGCAUGACCUUGACCAGCUGGUUUAUUAAUACAACGUUGCUUCAUGACUUUUUGUUUUUUCCAGCAUUCAAGCCGAAGUUGAAGUGGCAAGAGAAGGUGGUUGAAAAUGAUAAUGUGGACAAGUCCGGGGAAAGUGACAGUGAAGAGAAGGGUGUUGAGAAGAUAAAAGCGGACGUCGAGCAGCAAAAGGACGGGAAACAGGAGGGAAACACGGACACGGACCAGCAAGCAGAAAAAAAAACCGCAGAGGAGGACACCAACAAGGACGACAACAAGUCGGGUGCAGAAGGAGCUAGCGAGAAACCCACCGAAGAAGAGAAAGCAGCUGCAGCUACGGAGGACGCGCCCGCGGCCGGUGACGAGAAGUUUGCAAAUGGCGAACCGGAGAAGGAUGAGGCGGGGGGCAAAGUUGCGACAGAUACGACUGCCCCGGGGAGCGAAAGUGGAGCAGCCGCUGAAGCGGACGGGAAAAAUGAAACCGAGCAGGAGGUACUCUUCAGCGUGCUCGAAAUCAGCAGAAACAGGGUUCUCCAGAAUAAACCCGGUGGCUUUACUUCCUCGUCUGGCCCUGCUGUCUCGACAUCUUCCGCUUCUACCACUUUGCCAGGUCGGUCUUCCUCCUCCUUCGCACAGGCUGCACUGAGUCGUCGCGAAAGGCAGCACGCUCUUCCGGACAUAACGGCUCCAAGAGCAAGAAAGCCUUUUGCAAUACCGAAGCAGGACGCAGCAGCAAUGUUUCUCCAGGCGGCCAGCACGAAGAACACGAUCCCGGCGACAAUUUCUUCGUCGAAAACUACCGUUGUUCCCCAACUGCUCGGUCGGGCGCUUAUCGACGCGGGACUCGAACAAAACCGCGAGAAGACGUCGUACAUGUUCGGGGGUUUGUCAUGGCACGACAUAAAGAAUAGCAUACGACAUCACUUAAACAUUCACUUUCACAAUGCCGACGAGAACAAGGAAAGCGAUGAGGCCCACGUGCAGGAUGUCUGGGAAAAAGAUCCCGAUGGCGGCUACGAAGACUAUCGUACGGAAAAAGUGCUGAGAGCCAAGAAUACGCAGCAUAUUUCAUCGCACUACAGCACUUACAGAUUUGGUCUGCAUGACAAGACAGCUUUGCGAAACAGGGAGCCUAGUAGGCAGUGUCAUGCUUGUUUUCACUACUUAAGUAGAUGAUCUCUUGCAAUAAGUAGAAAUACUUCAGCACUUUUUUCUCUGUAUACACAUCCGAACGAGGACAAUAUCGUGACCAACGUCGACAUUGACGAGAAUUUGGUUGAUGCAGCGAUUAUGGGAAGAGGACUUUUGGUUGCCUGCGUAGAGGUCAUUUUGUAAAUGCAAUUCGGUCAUGAUCACGCUUGUACUCAUGCAGAUAGAGUAGGCUGAGGCAUAGAUUCUUGAUGCAAGUCCAAAGACUAGGACGGAGUCAACCAUGUUCACUCACAUCAACGUCGUAGUACUGAGUUCUUGGAUCACCCCUGUAGUAAGUCAGUAGCCAAGCACGACGCAUGACAGUGACAACAAGCCUUCUUCCCCUCCACAAAAAAGGCACGGAAAGCGUUUCAACAGAUGGAAGCGGCGGUGAAGACACUGAAGGGAGAUAUUUAUCGUUUGCAAACUUAGUACCUGAGGAACCAAACCAAGUGUCGCGAACUUGUCAUGCAGGUUCUCGCAGUCACAAUAUGCCUUUGUCAUGCAAAACUCGCUCUGCUGUCCAGCAUGAUCAUGACUCGCACACGUAGUCAGUACUAGUUUCCACAGUUUUUAAAGACGCGGUCUGGGUUACUCAGGCUUCUGCAAGGACGAUACUUGUUCGAAGAUCAGCGAGACCAUUCAGAAAGAGUGAGGAGAUGAAAAGAGCAUCAUCCACCAGGCACAGGAGACCGAUAACAAACAUACAAAGAUCAAUUUCGACAGGUUUGUGUGCAACAAGUCAUCUUCUGAACGAUGUGACCACGACUGCUGACGAGACCGUGCUGUGCCCCGUCCGGAUCCGAU